CACAAGUACAGUAAGCUCACACACGGUGGCCGGAAAACAAAAGUCAACGAACACCGCAACCACCAAUUAAACACUCACCAACCCACACCAUGUCAUUCUCUCUGUCUCUCUCUUCUCUCUCCACCACCACCCACCGCCGCCGACUCCACCGCCACCGCCACCGCCACUCUCCCUCCCCCUCGCUCUCCGUCAAAAACUCGACAGGAAACAAACCACCGCUGCCGCCCACCAAACCCAAAUCGUGGGUGAGCCCAGACUGGCUGACCUCUCUAACGAAAUCGCUAUCCCCAAAAGACGAUGAUUCAAACAUACCCAUCGCCAGCGCCAAGCUUGAUGACGUGUUGGACCUCCUCGGUGGGGCCCUCUUCCUUCCGCUGUUCAAAUGGAUGAACGAGUACGGCCCCAUCUACCGCCUGGCGGCGGGGCCGAGAAACUUCGUGGUGGUCAGUGACCCCGCCAUAGCCAAACACGUCUUGAGAAACUACGGCACAAAGUACAGCAAAGGGCUUGUCGCCGAGGUUUCUGAAUUCUUGUUCGGCUCCGGUUUCGCCAUCGCUGAGGGCUCUCUUUGGAUGGCAAGGCGCAGGGCGGUGGGUCCAUCGCUUCACAAGAAGUACUUGUCCAUAAUGGUUGACCGGGUCUUUUGCAGAUGCGCCGAGCGUCUCGUGGAGAAACUCAAGCCAGAUUCACUCAAUGGCUCUGCUGUAAAUAUGGAGGAUAAAUUCUCUCAGCUAACUCUCGAUGUUAUCGGACUAGCUUUAUUCAACUACGAUUUCGACUCCCUCACUGCCAAUAGUCCCGUAAUCGAUGCAGUUUAUACUGCACUGAAAGAAGCAGAGCUUCGUUCCACUGAUUUAUUGCCGUAUUGGAAGAUUAAUGCUCUGUGUAAAGUAGUACCGAGGCAAAUUAAGGCUGAGAAGGCGGUUUCUUUAAUACGAGAAACUGUGGAAGAGCUAAUAGCAAAGUGCAAAGAGAUUGUCGAAAGAGAAGGUGAGAGGAUAAACGAGGAGGAGUAUGUGAAUGAUGCUGAUCCCAGUAUUCUUCGUUUCUUGCUUGCUAGCAGAGAUGAGGUUUCGAGUACGCAGCUAAGGGAUGAUCUUUUGUCGAUGUUAGUUGCUGGUCAUGAAACUACGGGUUCGGUUUUAACUUGGACGGCUUAUUUGCUUAGUAAGGACCCGUCGUCUUUGAGACGAGCACAAGAAGAAGUGGACAGUGUUUUGCAGGGUAGGCUUCCUACAUACGAGGACAUAAAGAAUCUCAAGUUCUUGACACGUUGCAUAAUGGAAUCGAUGCGUCUAUAUCCUCAUCCGCCUGUCCUCUUGAGAAGAGCUCAAGUUGCUGACGUACUACCGGGUGACUACAAGGUCAACCCUGGUCAAGAUGUCAUGAUCUCAGUCUACAAUGUUCAUCACUCUGCACAGGUAUGGGACAGAGCAGAUGAAUUUGUUCCGGAAAGAUUCGACUUAGAAGGAGCGGUUCCUAAUGAAACGAAUACCGAUUUUAGAUUUAUCCCGUUUAGUGGAGGCCCGCGCAAAUGUGUGGGAGAUCAAUUUGCUUUGCUCGAAGCGAUUGUAGCGCUUGCAGUAUUUCUACAGCAUUUGAACUUCGAUUUGGUUCCGGAUCAAAACAUCGGCAUGACAACUGGUGCCACUAUUCACACAGCAAAUGGAUUAUACAUGAAACUGAGCCAAAGGCAAACUGCAUACACUUCUGCUGCAGCAGUUCCUUAGGUACAUUACAUUUGUAUCCAUAUAUUUUACGGUUAAAUGCAUAAGUUGUGCCUAUUUUAUUGUAGUUUUUUGGUGACUGCACGCAUAUUUUUAGCGUUUGCGGGGUCGUCUCGGACUCGAAAAUCACUAUUUGUUGAGUGAGUUGUGAAAUGAUUUAGUGUAUUCAAGUUAUUCAUUUUCUCAUUUG